CGAAAUUCGAACCAGUAAUGCAUGAGAAAUAGUGGAAACAAGCUCCCUCAGCUCUACAGAGUACCUCGGCCUUGACUGAUCAUCGUUCAUCGUUACAGCCAGUACUUGGGCAUGAGAGCUCUCAAUCUAAAACCGAUUGUAUCUCAAGUUCCAAUUCUAACACAUCCGUCUUGUACUGAAUCAACCAUUAAAUAGACGAAGAGCUCAAAAUGGAGGCAGAACUAGCGGGCUUUACAUCCGGAGCCACCCUUAGAACAAUCGAAACACAACCGGGAACAUACCAUGUCAAACAAUUCAACAAUCAGGGCCUUCCGAAGAUGCUCCCGAGCCAGAUCUCCAAAGACUGGCAUCCGUUCAAUAGCACCAUUGGCGUUGUCGAGGUACAUGGCUACACCCACUCCCUCGCAUUCGACACAAUUGCCCAAGCCAGCAUCUACGGAAUUCAGCUCGGUACAUUUUCCGGGAACCCGGACCAGAGAUUUUCGAUCCGUGUUGAUUUACACUUUGCCCGGGGAACGAUCACAUUUAGCAUCAGGGGAGAUGAUGUAUGGCUGGGCGUGAAUAUGCAGGUGGUUAGACUGGGGGUUGACAAUGUGUUUGAGUCGGUGCAGUGUGUGGAAAACAAAUUGCUACAUACAAUGCCUCAGAUUCGACCUGAGCCGUGGGUGCCAACGCCAAUGAUGUAGGUAGAUACUCAUGAACGAAGGCUUUAUUUUAUACACUUAAACUAUUUUCGAACACUGAUUUUGACUGGAAGACCUGUGACAUAUGCUAGUUCGAAUCGGUCUUCUUGCCUCGGGGGCUCGAAUCCUUCGGGAAGGGUCACUUGGAAAUGGCGAAAAAUCCAUGCCAUGAUGGUGGCGAGCUCUGCGUAGGCCAAGUUCUGACCGAUGCACAUCCUCGAUCCUUUGGAAAAAGAGCAGAAAUAUUGAUC